GACGGUCCCUCCCACUGACCGGUAACAUUUCCGUUUCCGCGAGGCAAGGAGUUGCAACAACAACAGCCACAGACAGAUUUAGUUCAAUAUAAAACCCUUAAUAUAAGAAGCGGUGUCUGAAGAUGUCGGGACAGAAGCGUCCUGCAGACCCCGGCAGUGCCUCCUCGUCGUCGUCGUCGUCCGGUGCUCCGCCUGAGAAGCGGAGGGAGAGGGAGGGAGAGGAUGGAGGUCCCGGGGUCAGCGCGGCUGCUGGGGGGAGCACCGCGGUGACAGAGACGGUCAUCAAACUCGGAGGAGUGUCCAACUCAGAGGAGCAAGACAUCAAAGCCCUCCAGGCGAAGAAUCGAAAGUUGGGAGAAUCCCUUGAUCUAAGACAGGUGAUUGAGGACGAAUUGCGAGAGCGAAUUGAGAGACUGGAGACGCGUCAGGCUACCGAUGAUGCCAGUCUGCUGAUCCUCAAUAGAUACUGGAACCAGUUUGAUGAAAACGUCAAACUAACAAUCAGGCGGUAUGACCAAUCAACCAGUGAGCCUGAGAAACCUCUGGCAAGCGAGGGGCGGAGCUUGAAGCCAGAUACCCCAGAACCCGAUGGCGACUCCAACCAGGAGAGGGCAAAGGACAGAGGCCACCCGGGAGAGACAACCAACUCCUUCUUAGCCACACUGGCAAGUAGCAGCAGCGAGGAGAUGGAGGCUGAGCUUCAAGAGAGGGUGGAGUCCAGCCAGAAGCAGGCCAAUCAUGUGGUGGAGAUCUAUGAAUGUCUGAGGAGCACAGUGGAUAAACUGAAGACAGAGCUGGACUCUGGAGCGGAUGAGAUGAAACAGAGAGCAGAGGGCAGCCUGUGGCAGGUAGCUUCCAAUCUGAACUCCCUCUUGACCCGGGAGAACAAGCGGCUGCAGCAGCUGACAGAGGACCUCAAGCAAAAGUACAGUCAAAUGACAAGCGAGACCCGGCCUUUGGGUCGUGCAGCUAACAAAGCAGACCAGCGCAUCGGAGAGCUGCAGGUUUUGAUCGAUGAGCUCCAGUGGGACAUGGAGAAGAUCCGCCGCAGAGAGAACAGACUGAAUGCACACCUGAGCGAGAUCCUGGAAAGGGUGAAUAGUAAAGGCUACAAAGUGUGUGGAGAGGCAAGCAGCGUCUGUGGAACCAUCACUAUAAACAAGAGAAAGUUUGAGGAAAUGAACAGUGAGAUGGACGAGAGCAGGGAGCUGGCAGAUAACCGCCUCAUCGAGCUGCAGAAGCUCCAGCAGGACCUGCAGAAUGUGCAACAGGAGAACAACAGCAUGAAGGCGGAGCUGAUGAGUCGAGCAGAGAGCAUGGUAAAAGAGACUUCAGAGUACCGCUGCCUGCAGUCGCAGUUUUCUGUUCUCUAUAACGAGUCUCUGAUCCUUAAGGCUCAGUUAGAUGAGACGCGUGCUCGUCUCAACACUACCAGAACUGCAAGGCUUCGGCAGCUGGAGCACAUGGAGAAUGAUGAGGUGGCUCUGCAGAGGAAGGUUCGUACAGAGGUGUUUCAGCUGGAGGACACUCUGGCUCAGGUCAGGAAGGAGUACGAGAUGCUGCGCAUUGAGUUUGAACAGACUCUUGCUGCCAAUGAGCAAGCAGGUCCCAUCAACAGAGAGAUGCGCCACUUGAUCAGCACGCUGCAAACACACAACCAGCAGAUGAAAGGAGAGGUGGUGAAAUACAAGAUUAGGCUGAGAGAAACUCAAGCUGAGCUCAAUCAAGUCCGCGCUUCAAAGGGAAACGCCAUCCUCCAGUCUCAGUCGAGCACAGAGCUGGACGUGAAGGAUGAGACGACCUCGCCUUCAAUCACAGCCAUUUCUGGGGAACCUGCGAUCAAGACAGAGCCUGACAACGGCUCCUCAACACCCAGCAGCACAGGGGCCUCAGUGAAAACAGAGCCCGGGGUAGAACCAGAAGCAACAGUAAAAGAGGACGAGAAAGAGGAGAAGAAAGAGAAGGAGGAAAAGAAAGAAAAGGAUGUUCUGAAGAAGGAGGAGAAAGAGCGGGAGAAGGAAAAGGAGAGGCCGACACGCGGCGGUGGCGGUGUGAUAAAGGAGGAGAAAGAGAAGCCGGGGAGUAGCAGCCAACCCGAGGAGUCGGCCGGGGAGCGCCUGUCAGUGGUUGGAGGAUCAAAGAGGAAGGAGAUAGAGCAGCUGAAGAUUGUCAGAGCAGAACUCAAGAAAGCCCAGGAGUCUCAGAGGGAGAUGAAGCUGCUGCUGGACAUGUACCGCUCAGCACCGAAGGAGCAGAGGGACAAAGUGCAGCUCAUGGCUGCAGAGAAGAAGUCCAAGUCAGAGGGAGAGGAGCUACGGCAGAGGCUGAGGGAGCUGGAGGAGAGAGAAAGGAGAGAGGGCAAGAAAAUGGCAGAUGAAGAGGCACUGAGGAAGAUCCGCUCUGUGGAGGAGCAGAUUGACAUUCUCAAUAAGAAGCUUUCAAUAGCAAAACAGGAGGAGGACGCGCUCCUGAGCGAGAUGGACGUGACGGGCCAGGCCUUCGAGGACAUGCAGGAACAGAACAUUCGACUGAUGCAGCAGCUCCGAGAAAAAGACGAUGCAAAUUUCAAGUUGAUGAGCGAGCGGAUCAAGUCCAACCAGAUCCACAAGCUCCUGAAAGAGGAGAAGGAGGAGCUGGCAGACCAGCUGCUCACUCUAAAAACUCAGGUCGACGCCCAGCUUCAGGUGGUGCGGAAGCUGGAGGAAAAAGAUCGCCUCCUGCAGGGCACCAUCAGCACUGCAGAGAGAGAGUUGGGCCUGCGAACACAAGCCUUAGACAUGAACAAACGCAAGGCACAGGACUCUGCGUCGCUGUCAGAGGAGGUGCGAACUCAGCUGGAGCAGGUUCAACAGAGGCUCAAGCUGGUCAGAGAGGAGGUGGUAGAGAACAGCAUCUCCAGAGAGAAAGAGUCAUUUAACGCCCGAAGAGCACAGGAGGACAUCUCCAAACUCAGGAGAAAGAUCGAAAAGGCCAAGAAACCGGCUGAGAAAAUCAGCAACGGAGACGACAUCCUAAAUGAAGAAAUCAACGAUUAUAAGGCACGUCUCACAUGCCCAUGCUGCAACUCUCGGGUAAAGGACGCUGUUCUGACAAAGUGCUUCCACGUCUUCUGCUUCGAGUGCGUCAAGACUCGCUACGACACACGCCAGAGAAAGUGCCCAAAGUGCAACGCCGCCUUCGGAGCGAACGACUUUCACCGCAUUUACAUCGGCUGAAGCUGCAGCAGUAUGAAACGCUCAGGGGGAGGGAGACUCACCACUCUGAACAUGGGACGCCUCGUCUCCUGCGUGUACAGGACACUUAUCGGUGUGAUAUUCCGUGAGCUGCAGUGAUGCUCUGAAUUUAACUCUUUUGAAAUAAAUUCAUUACCAGUGACUGAAUCCAUUUUCUUCAUCCAGUAUCCAACACUUCACUGUUUUCAAAACCGGUACAGGAACUAUGAGUACGAGAGGCGCUAGAUUCUACAAAUUCAUCACAUUCCAAGUGUGUGGUUUCUUUGUGCAAGUGUGUGAGGAAACAGGCAAAGCAGCAUGCUAAUAAAAGAUGAGAACAAUACGAAAGCUUGUAGUGGAUGUUUGUAUUAAGUCAGUGUGUUGUACAUACUGUUUGUCAUUAGUGUUCCAUUUUUUUUUAUUUGAAAGCUGCCUUUUAUCCAAACUUUCCUGAAAUCUAAAAUCAGACUGCUUUGUAAUUUUUGCUCUUCUCGUUAUUAAACUGACAUCUUAAGAGAAA